AAAGGACAUGCAGGAAACAUGUUCUAGAAUUGGACAACUGGACUUUGAAAGGUGCAGAAUCAGAGAUGGAAACUGAGUUGAUACUGGCAGAAUUAGCAAGGCUGAAAUGGAAACAGAGGAAAAUGUCUGCUCGAUCCCUUCAGAAGCAAGAUGCCAUGGAGGACACUAAAGCAGAAAGCAGUGAAUAUAUUGAAGGGAAAAAAGAAAGGGAGGUAAUUAAUGGCAAUUCCCAAGAGCUGAAUAAAGACUCUUUGUCAAAGUCCAUGGAUGAUGGAACUGUUUCAUAUCAAAAUGAUGCACUUCAUCUCCAAAAAGGGAAUUUGGACCAAGGAGUUGGCAGCAAUUCAAAACCGAUGGAUUUUCUCGCUGUUCCUACACAUAAAUAUCCAAAUGACACUGUGACACGUCAGAGGAGAAAUGCCAUCAAACAUGAUUUUGUUGGUGGUGAGGACAUCUUGGUGAAAACAGAAGCAGAUGUCAAGGAGUCUUUUAUAGAAAUUCCUACCCCACCUCUUGAAAUCAAUUCAAAUUCUGCAGUAGUUUUUGAGGACAAUGAAAAGGCUCCACUUGAAGAUUUGGUGAGGCAGCUGACACCACAAGAUGAAGAAAAUGAAGCAAAUUUGACCACAGAAAAGAUGCAGAUUGAAAACCAUUCAGUACAAGAAGUGGAGUUGAAAAUUGAAUCUUUACAAGAGAUGGAGAUGAAAAAUAAUUCUCUGAGAAAGAUAGAAAAAGAGAAAAGAUCCAAUGUUAAUUUUUCCUCAGAAAGCAGGAGCCCAGUGUUGAAAAGAAGAAACUCAGACAUCAGCAGGAAGAAGAAAGGUCGAGAUUACAAGGUUGUUCAGUUUGUAGAGGAUGAACCUGAGCUGAUACAUUCCAAAAAAUCAUCAAUCAAGCAAGGCCACAGGGAGAAGGGGAUAAUGAAAAGUGAUGAAAAGCAUAAACUGUUAGAGGAGAUCCAACAACUCCGGGAGGAAAAACUGCGAGAAGAAGAGAAAAGAAAGGAGCUGGAACAAACUUUAGAGUCUGUGAAAAACUGGGAGACAACUCAAAGGCUUCAAAAGGUGUUGGAUGAGAAGAAAAAGAAACAAGCCAGGGAAGCAGAAAGACUGAGACAGGAGAUGUUUGAAAAUAACAGGAAACGGAGACAGGUGUUUGAGAAAGAACUUUUGCUAAAAGUGUCCAGAAACCGGAAAGAAAGAGAGAAAAUGAUUCGCUACCAGAGACAGAAGCAGGAACAGGAGGAAAUGUUGAGGGAAGGAGCUAUGAGUAAUUUUGUUCAGUCCAUGUUGAACAUGUGGAGACCUCAUCUUAGUCCAAGGUCAUCUGUUAAGGAGCAGGAGAGCAUGGAUGGUGUGGAGGUCAACGGGCAUUCCUCCUCUGGGAAGACUGAGACCAAUGAGAUAAUAGAUGACCCCCUGUAUUCUAGAAUCCACAAAUCCUCAUCUUCAUCAACAUUACCAUCUAUAAAAAGUCUAGGAAAGACAAAACAGAAGAAGAAGAAAGACCAUUUGCUACAAUCAAGGAAAGCUGCUUCAUUUGACUUGAGUACAAAUUUCAAUGAUGAAGACCUUUACGAACGAGCUAAUGAAUUACAUCCAGACCUCUACAUUUCAUCACAUGCUAAUGAUGAUUUAAUGAAUAGUUAUAACCUGGUUCCACCAGAGCACCAUUCAGACAAUGUGGUCACCACAACCAUUUCUGUCUGAAAUGUCAUUCAGCAGGGACUGUCACUAUUGCAUAAUGAUUGGAUUGGUAUGAAGACUUGUGUGAAAGAAACAUUUUAACUAUGUGAAAUGACUGAAAUACUAGACUGGUGUUUGGAACAUAGGACUUUUUUUUUGUGUUUACUUAUUUACAUUUACAUGCAUAGAUUUUAUGACCUCAUACAAUUUGAACAGAUUCCUGAAAGUCAUGUAUAAUGGAUUAUUUGUUUUGAAACAAUAUGUAUUAUGCUUAUGGCAACAAAUGCUUGGUUGUAAAAGCGAAGAUGGCUUGCUGAUGCCUUGAUCUCAGUAAGGGAUUGAUCCACUGCCGCUAUCCGUCCACCUAUCAAUGAAAGGAUGCUUAUUUCAUUUCUUGUGAAUUCCAAACAUAGUAUUAACAAAAGUGUGUAAGUAUAAGCAACCACCAGAUCACAAAUUGAAGUUUGUAAAUUUGUACUUUUAUAUGUCUAUAUUGUUUACUGCUUGGCUAUUUUCACGGUUGUACAUUGUAUACAGCAUAAAUCUCGUAUAAGUUUGUGUACAUUCUGUUAUAAACUAAGAAUUUAUAUCUAUUGUAUAUAAAGGUUUUAUUCACUGUAGUUUAAAUUUUCACGGUGUGGUCGACAAUGAUAAUGGUGAACAUUCAAUUGCAGCGAAAAUAAGGCAACAUCCAUUCUAUGUUACUAUACUGAGGCAUAUGCUUAUUUAUUGUAUGGUAUGAUUUAGCUAAAAGUGGCUGGAAACGUUUACAAAAUGUCACCUAGUGUGAAGUAGACUAGUUCACUCAUCGUUCCGUCCCCGCCAGUGCUGAAGCCUAGUACUCGCAAACGAUAGAGGUAGUUCUUCUGAAUGCCGUAUAGAACGGCAUUGUCCACCCUGUCCACACGAACAUCCGAUGCUGUUCUUAUGUCAUCUCCGUCCAACCAGUACCGUAGCUGUUCAGAAGGAAAUGUAUCAAAACAUCCAUAGGGUACAUUUAUCAAUUGACAAUUGGACAUAGUUAUUAAAACGUUAAUAUGAACAGUGAACUGAUAAUUAAUAGUUUUACAUUUUCUUUUUGCUCAUAGAUUUUCUGUAAUGGGUUUGUGUGCAAUAUAAAUAAAGGAAUAUAUUUGA